AUGUCUUCUAUACCGAUCAUCGUUAAGCAUGCCGGCAAGCGCCACGAAGUCGAGCUCGACCCCGAGGCUAAUGGCGAAACAUUAAAGUACCAGUUAUUUUCUUUGACUGGCGUUGAACCGGAGCGACAGAAAUUUUUGGUCAAGGGCGGACAACUCAGAGAUGACACUCCUUUGUCCUCUUUGAAGGCCAAGCCCGGGCAGGUGUUCAUGAUGAUGGGCACGCCUUCUGGAGCACAAGGAGCCGCUGAUCUUGGCCGUCCCAAGGAAGCUGUCAAGUUUUUGGAGGAUAUGACAGAGGCGGAAGUUGCACAGCAAGAGGGUGCCACUCCCGCUGGUUUGCAGAACCUGGGGAAUACGUGCUACCUCAACUCUACUCUUCAGACAUUACGGGGUGUUCCGGAAUUGCAGGAGGAACUCCAGCGAUAUCAAUCAGCCUCCAGCUCGGGCCACUCCAAUCUUGCGGAUUUGGGAAGCUUUGGCUUGAGUGGCUUGGGCGGUUCCAACGACCUGACUGCGUCUUUGCGAGAUCUAUUCAAGCAGAUGUCCGAGACACAAGAAGGCGUCCCACCCCUCAUGUUCCUGAACGCUCUACGAACCGCUUUCCCUCAGUUCGCUCAACGGGAUAGAAACGGACAUGGCUAUGCGCAACAGGACGCGGAGGAAGCGUGGUCACAGAUCGUGAAUCAAUUGCGAAAUAAACUCACGAUCUCAGGUGGCUCAGGUGACUCAUCUACUGGAGGCUCUUUCGUCGAUAAAUAUAUGGCCGGUCGUUUUGAUUCAGUGACCGAGUGUGAUGAGGCAGGUGCUAAGGAAGCGAGUGAAGAGCCGAGCAAGUCCUCCGACGUUUUCUUCAAACUCGACUGUCACAUCGGCAAGGAGACCAAUCAUCUUCACGAUGGAAUCAUGGCUGGUUUGGAGGAGCAGAUCGAGAAGCAGUCACCCACCCUCGGCCGCAACGCUCUGUACACCAAGCGGUCGCGAAUUUCUCGCCUCCCGAAAUAUCUUACUGUCCAUUUUGUGCGUUUCUUUUGGAAGCGUGAAACUCAGAAGAAAGCCAAAAUCAUGCGUAAGGUGACUUUUCCCGCCGAGCUCGAUGUCGUGGAGUUCUGUACGGAAGAGCUCCGGAACCAGCUUGUACCCAUCCGCGACAAGGUCCGUGAGAUUCGAAAGGACGAAGUCGACCUUGAGAGAUCGCGCAAACGCCAGAGACUGAGCAACCAGCGGACAGAGGACCAGAAAAAGGCUGAAGAGGCGGAUGUUGAGUCGCGCAAGGAACCGAUGCAAAAGAAGAAGGAUGCUUCUGAAGGGAAGUCCAAAGCCAGUGACAAAGACGGGGAUGUGAGCAUGGAGGAAAACUUCAAGACGGAUGCCGAGUAUGAAGCAGAAAAGUUGCAAGAGAUCACAGCUGCUAAGAAGGAACUAUACGAUUUGAUCAAGCAGCAUUCCUCUGGGGACAGCGGAAACAACCAAUCUGGCUUGUAUGAGCUUCGUGGCGUGAUCACCCAUCAGGGUGCCAGCGCCGACAGCGGUCACUAUACCGCUUAUGUUAAGAAGCAAGCGCGCAAGUCAGCCGGUCCCCAAACUGGCGACAAGCGUCGUGACGAAGAAGAGGACGGCAAGUGGUGGUGGUUCAAUGACGACAAGGUGACUGAGGUCGAGGCAGAGAAAAUCGAGACUCUUGCUGGUGGUGGUAAGUCAACAUCAUUUUCGUCCAGAAUCGGCUCCCUUGCCAGGGCUGCGCGCUUUUUGAUUCGGUUUCAAUAUCUGACACACUUCCAGGUGAAUCUCACUCAGCGCUCAUCUUGCUUUACCGAGCGAUCGAUUUGCCAACUCUCGAGCAGUGACCAUGCGAGGUACUCAGCGCCUGGGCACACGUUCUAA